UCAUUGGUCGGUUCAGCCCCAGCUGUUGGCUUUACUUCCGCGAUCACAAUGGCUAGGCAUUGUACGGUCAAAAUAUUCGUUUUAUUGAGCUUAUUUAAUUUAUCUUUUCUAGUCAGCACUAAUAAUAUCGAGGACAAAGCAGGUCAGUUCUUCAAUAGUGGACAUACUAACAACUGGGCAGUAUUGGUGUGCACUUCUAGAUUCUGGUUCAACUACCGUCAUGUGGCCAACACCCUCUCAGUCUACCGCAGCGUCAAGAGGCUGGGGAUCCCGGACAGCCGCAUAGUUCUGAUGCUGGCAGAUGAUAUGGCUUGUAACCAUAGAAACCCAAAGCCUGCCACAGUCUUCAGCCACAAGAACAUGGAGCUGAACGUUUAUGGGGACGAUGUGGAGGUGGACUACCGGGGCUAUGAGGUGACGGUGGAGAACUUCCUGCGUGUCCUGACUGGCCGGCUCCCCGCCAGCACGCCUCGCUCCAAGCGGCUUCUCUCGGACGACCGCAGCAACAUCCUCAUCUACCUGACCGGUCAUGGCGGGAACGGCUUUCUGAAGUUCCAGGACUCCGAGGAGAUCAGUAACGUAGAGCUGGCCGACGCCUUCGAGCAGAUGUGGCAGAAGAGAAGGUACAACGAGCUGCUGUUCAUCAUCGACACGUGCCAGGGCGCCUCGAUGUACGAGCGCUUCUAUUCCCCUAACCUGAUGGCUCUGGCCAGCAGCCAGGUCGGAGAGGACUCUCUGUCUCACCAACCCGACCUGGCCAUCGGCGUGCACCUGAUGGACCGCUACACCUUCUACCUGCUCGAGUUCCUGGAGGACAUCCACCCCUCCAGCACCACCAACAUGAACCAGCUGUUCAAGGUGUGCCCCAAGAGUCAGUGUGUGUCCACCCCGGGCCACCGUACCGACCUUUUCCUGAGGGACCCAGGACGUGUCCUCAUCACGGACUUCUUCGGAAGCGUCCGCAAAGUGGAGAUCACCAUGGAAACCAUCAACCUGUCGAGCCCCAUGGAGCCUUUGCCAGAGAGGAUACUGUCUGAGGACCAGCAGAGAGAAACGCAGUACUAUGUGGACCAAUUGCCGGUGUCUGGGAUCAUCCAUCAGAAGGCCAAGCAGAGAGACUGGCACCCCCCCGACGGCUUCAUCCUGGGGCUGUGGACCCUCAUCCUCAUCGUCUUCUUCAAGACCUACGGGAUCAAGCACCUCAAACACAUCUUCUGAGUACACACACACACACACACACACACACACACACACACACACACACACACACACUCCAUCCCACUGAAACACGCACACAAUCCAGCACACUGAAAUACACACACACACGCACACAUUCACGCCGUGCCCUCGAGAGAACGGCCUACAAACCCCGAAGAUGUAGAAGAAGAAGAAGAAGAAGAAGAAGAGGGAGUAAAUGUCGACCGAGCCGACUCUUGAGCUCACUGGAACGCAAUGUCACCCUGGAACCAUCGCGGGCGGCUCCUGAACCGGGGACCCGGGGAAAGUGCCGGAACUUUAUUUAUCUGUCGUGUUGUCUGGUCUGGGUUUGUUUCCUUAUGCUUUCUUGUGACCUCCCAUGAGGUCGAUGGGCAGCCCUGUACAUAACGAUCGGAGGCCGCGUGGCGUGCUCUGUGCCUCCGUUCGGGACGCCGUGCGCUGCUGACCUGUCGCUACGGCGGUACAUGACGGCCGCUAACGUGCCGAGCUACACGGACGGGGAACGUGUUUGUUCUACGCGUUGUCCGUGUGCGUUACGGACUUCAAAACACGUCUGGUGCGUGUUCGGUCAAAUCGUCUGCAUGUGGCAGCGCUUUCGCCUAAUUGGAAUGAUUGCCCCCCCCCCCC